AAAUGUUCAGUUUCAGUUAAAAAGUUUCAUGGAGAAUUAACUGGCAGUGGCAAAUUGUAUUUUAUUGUAAUACUGCUUAUUUAUAAGCUGAAGCUGUUUAGAUUGGAUACCUCUACUAUUUUCUUAAUUCAUAUGUAUUGGCAUAAUGGCGGAUAUGUGGUGACUACUGGGAAGUUGUUCAGUAGUCUGAGAGAAUUAUGUUUCCUAAUAGCUAUGAUCAGAUUGCUGUUUGUAUAAUUUUACUGGUAACUGCUAAAAGUGUUUUGCACUAAUAUGUAUGAAAUUUGGGAAGGCUGGUUUAAUGAUUUCCAGCAUGUUUUGGUUUGAUGAUGUUUGGUAGCUGACGUCAUAAGAGAACUAACAUGGCGGAUUUAUUUGCAAAAUAUAACUGUACAUAUUGCCAGGAAGAUAUCACGGGACUAAGAAUAAAGUGUGCAGAAUGCCCUGAUUUCGAUUUGUGCCUACAGUGCUUCUCUGCUGGAGGAGAGAUUGGACAGCAUCGAAAUGAUCAUGCCUACCAGUUCAUGGAUUCGGGUGCAAUUGGAGUUGGUCUUGGACGAGGUGGAUGGUCAGCUCGUGAAGAACUGCAUUUAUUGAAUGCCAUUGAACAGUAUGGCUUUGGAAACUGGGAAGAUAUAAGCAGACAUAUAGAGACUCGUACAAGUGAAGAAGCCAAGGAAGAAUACAUAUCACGCUUCAUAGAGGGAAGCAUCGGUCGUUUAACAUGGCCUCCUGCACAGAGUUCAAAAUCGAAACUGACUGAUCAGACAUGCACAAAUUCUGAUCCACUUUCUCCUACACUGACAGCACAGCUGCCGCCAAUGGAUAUAACUCCAGAAGAGGCAACACAGCUUGGAUAUAUGCCACAGCGAGAUGAUUUUGAGAGGGAAUAUGACAAUGGAGCAGAAUCAUUGGUGUCGUCAUUGUUUGUAAACAACAUUGAAGAUGAAGAAUUGGACAUUGCGCUGAAACUGGCCCAGGUUGACAUGUACACAAGACACCUUCGUGAAAGGGCGAGACGGAAGAGAUUGGUGAGAGACUAUCAGUUAGUUUCGCAGUUCUUUGCUUCCAACAGGAAAGACAGACCAGUGCAACGGAAGAAGCUUUCUAAAGAGGAAAGGGAAUUCCAGGAUCGUAUGAGGGUUUUCACUCAGUUUCAUACUGCUCAAGAACAUGAGCACUUCCUACACAACCUUCAGAGGGAGAGAGAACUUAGACUACGCAUCAGCGAGCUGAUGAGGUACCGACGCAAUGGCUUAACUCAGCAUGAAGAGUGCACACAUUUUGAGCAGCAACGUCUACAGUUUGAGGAGUGGAAGGAAAAACGAUCUGGCAGCAGUGGGUCCAUCCUCUCAUCGCAAUCAAGAAAAAGAGAAAGAAACGACGACGCCUCAUCUUCUAUCGAAGAAAGGUCCACCUGCAGAAGCAGCAGAAGUCCCAGCCACGAUAGCAGUGGAGAUGGGGUGGAGACGAUGACACCAGAGGAGAUCUCCACCCUGCCAGAAUACCAUCUCCUGACACCUCAUGAAGUUAAGCUGUGUACAUCAUUGAAUAUGAAGCCUUCCCAAUACCUUACGUGGAAGACACUACUACUGCGUGAACAUGGGAGAAAGGGAGCAAAGAAGGAAGACUUUUUAUCUAGUGAAAAUUCUGGCCCAGAGACCCAGAUCUUACAUUACCUUGUUAAUAGUGGCUGGAUCACUGCCCGCUAAAUAAUCUUCGUUUAAUAAGGGUACAGUUGUGGACCAUAACUAAAACAUAAUGUGAUUAAGUGAAGUAGGCCAUCUUUCUCUUCCUUUCAACGUAUGUCCACUGUUGUUGGCUUAUGCAUAGACCACUGAACAUAUAUUUACUGUGUACAUAUAUGAACUAUGUAAUUAGAAGCAUUUGGUGAUCUCAGCUACCUUUUAUUAGCUCAUGUAGUACAAUUCUUAUUAAGUCAUUGGCUAGGGGGAGAAAUGCACCAAAUAUUUCUUUCAUAGUUAUUUUUGAUAUGCAUAUUGUCUAAGUGUACAGUGUAAAGCUAACGUAUAAAUAUUACCAACUAUUAGUAAAUAAACCAAAUGAAAUUUCGUAAAAAAGGCAGAGAGAAAUCAGUGCUGUUAAUUAAAAUACUAUGUACUUUCUGUACAUAAGAGCUUCAGUGAUUUCACCUUUUAAACAGAAGCCAAAUUGUAAAAAUAGAGGGACAAGCAGAAGUAUAAUGCUUUUGGUAGCAGGCCUUCAUCUUUCUUUAUUUCUUUGCAGAUUCUUUGCAACACUGAUUGUUUAAACAAUAGGAAGCUAUUUAAUUUACUUUAUAUUGUAUGGGUUGUCCAUUUCUUUAUGGUCAAUAUUGAUUCCUCAUACAUGAAUUUUGUGAUAUUUGAUGUGGAAACAUGUAAGAACUUGGUUGUAUAUAGUGUACCUGAAAUGUGUUGUAUAUAUUUUGUGGAGUUGCAGUUCAGAAUAUGUUCAUUAUGUUGUUGUGCAAUCACUUCAAAGAUAAAAAAUUGUCAGUAUGUUAUUAAACAACUAAUACUUCCAUAAAUGCUAUGUAGUGACAGUUUGCAGUUGUUUUAAUAUUCUGGCUCUUGUGCAUCUGUUUUGCAUUUAUAAUACAUGAAGUAAUGCAGUUUCUUUGGUAAUCAGAGAAAGUACAAUGUUUUGUGAAAAAAUUCAUUAUCAAGCUAUGGCUAAAAUGAUAACACUGUAAAAAUGUUACGAAAAUCAAGUGAAUAGUGGGCUUCAUGUAGUUACAGUCACAUGCCCUUAUUACAAUCUUAAUUUCAUGUGUAACUCUGUAAUAUCUAGUCCAUGUACCAUCUCCUAGUUCUGUAAGUUUAAUUUAAAUUUAUAGACAGUAUGCUCUGUCAUUAAAAACUUUUACCUCAAUGCUGCUUGUUAGUGUCAUUGUCGAAGUAUACAAAUAUGAUAGGAAAAAGACUUUAAAGCUCUAGAUGAAAUGUGAAAUGAAGUCUGUGACAAUACCAAUACAAUCUGCUGAGCUGUUUCAGAAAUGUAUUGCUCUUUUUUGAGUUUAUGGAGUACAAGUUUGAAUCAUGGCUUCACCUGGAAAUAUGACAUUUUAGCUUCUACUAUAUAAAUGGAAUUAAUUCAGUUCCAAUUUGUGGCAUUUUGUGUAAGAAAUAUCACAUUGUUAUCUAAUAUAUAUCUGCCAGAAGUGAUCAAAAUAGUAAAAAUUCUUAACAAUAUUGAACUUGGCAUGAUGCAAAUAUAGUUGUUUAUUAUGGCAUAGAAGUUGACUUGAUUUUUUAAAGUUUUUCACUUUUUGUAUUACCACCACCAUUAGACAUUGAUUACAUGCCAUGCCUCGUGGCAAAGCAGCUAUGAAUUAGUCUUAGAUUGCUAAACACUCAAUUUUUGGUUAAGAAAUUAUUGUUCUGUUUGCUGGUUAGAAGUCCCAUGUAACAUGUAGUAAUGCAUCAAUCUCUCUGAGCAGUAAAAUUGGUGCACUCCUGUAAAUCAGUUGAUAAGUAAGCAAGCUAUUAA